AUGGCCGUGAACUCUAUCUACUACUCCAGAGACGAAGUGAACGCCUUCUGGGUGACGGUGCAGCGGACCGAGGCCGCCGAGCGCUGCGAGCUGCGCGGCACCUACCUGCUCAAGGCUGAGCGAGACAGCCUCGUGCUGAAGGAGCCACGGGCAAACGAGAUCCUCUACGUCUGGCCCUACCGGCUGCUCCGGAGAUACGGCCGUGACAAGGUGAUGUUCUCCUUCGAAGCUGGCAGGCGCUGUGACUCUGGCCCAGGGAACUUCACCUUUGAGACCAAGCAGGGCAACGAGAUCUUCCGCCUGGUGGAGGCCUCCAUCCGGGAGCAGAAAGCCCAGGCGGAGGAGAACCGGCAAAGCUGCGACUCGCUGGAAUCGGACAGCCCCAGCGUGGUGCUGAUUCGCCAGGCCCUGGCCGACUCCCUGAGCCUGGAGCUGCCCGCGGAGGGGGAUGACACCCUGGCACCCAAACUGGGGCUGGCCAGGCCCAGUGCGGGGGCAGAGGAGAGAGACGCCACGUCUCUGCUGAAGACCCGGACUCUGCCAGAGCUCCCUGCGCCACAGGCGAAGCCAACGGUCCCGAGCACGCCCCCGCGGUCCCCUCUGCCCAAGGUGCCUCACGCCGUGCUGCUG